CUACCUGUGACAAAAAAGAAGAGCUCUAAGCAAAUCGAAUCAAAGCCUUUAUAGAAACUGAAAAAUGGCACCAGAACUCUCCAAUUUCGACUACGAUUCAUCAGCCCAUCAACAAUACUCUGCACACAAUCCGAUCGAGCAGUACGUUCUUCUGGCCAAGGGUGCUAAAGGAGCUGCCUGCUUAGAGCUUAUCAAGCAGGUUCUGGAGGCGCAGGGUGUUUAUGUAUUUGGUGAACUGCUGGCUAUGCCUAACAUAGAAGAGCUCCAAAAUGGCACGAAUGCCAGCUACUACAAUACUCUAAACCUAUUUGCGUAUGGAACUUACCGUCAGUAUCGGGAAAACGAAGCUCAACUGAUCCAACUUACACCGCCAAUGCGCAAAAAAAUACAGCAUCUUACAAUCGUGUCAUUGGCCAUCAAGAGCAAAUGCAUCCCAUAUAGUGAACUGCUUGACGAGCUAGAUAUCAAAAACGUCCGUGUCCUAGAAGAUUUGAUAAUCGAAGCCAUUUACGCUGACGUCAUUCACGGGAAAAUAGAUCAGAAGAACAAGCAAUUGGAAGUAGACUAUGCCAUCGGUCGGGACAUUCGCAAAGGAAAUAUAAAGCAAAUCGUAUCCACGCUCCAAGAGUGGAGUGAUUCUUGUGAAACCAUAUUAUCUUGUCUCGAAGCUCAAAUAAAUCGGGCCAAUACUGAAAAGCAGAAGCGCAUCAAACAUAAGGAAGCCAUCGAACAAGAGAUUGCAAAUUUAAAAAAAGCUAUCAAGACACAAGCCGUUGAAUCCGAUGAAGCUAUGGCUACCGAUGCCUGUCGAGAAGUUGUAGGAGGGCUUGAUCUUCGGAAAAAAUCCACCAAAUCCAAAAGCCUGAAAGGUUGCGGUACAGGCAAAUCAGGUUCGAAAUGAAUAGCAAAAGCAUGCACAAAGCAGUCACAGGCAUAUCGUGGGAUUGUCUUUCGUUUUUUUCCUAUACGUUUUUGUUUAUAUUUUCAAUACAAAUUCAGAAACUGUAAGAAAAAACUUAAUAUACCAUGUU